GACGCCGUGCGCGUGCGCGCUGCAGGUCGGCGCCGGGCGGGGGCGGAGCGGCAGUUGCAGGCCCACGCCGUAAACAGACAACAUGGCGGCCGCGGUGGCGGCGGCGGCACCUGGGGCCUUGGGCUCGCUGCAUGCUGGCGGUGCUCGCCUGGUGGCCGCAUGCAGUGCGCGGCUGUGCCCGGGGUUGAGGCUGCCCGGCUCGUUGGCAGGCCGGCGGGUGGGCCCGGCGAUCUGGGCUCAGGGCUGGGUGCCUGCGGCCGGUGGUCCCGCCCCGAAAAGGGGCUACAGCUCUGAGAUGAAGACGGAGGACGAGCUGCGGGUGCGGCACCUGGAGGAGGAGAACCGAGGAAUUGUGGUGCUUGGAAUAAACAGAGCUUAUGGCAAAAAUGCACUCAGUAAAAAUCUUAUAAAAAUGCUAUCAAAAGCUGUGGAUGCUUUGAAAUCUGAUAAGAAAGUACGGACCAUAAUAAUCAGGAGUGAAGUCCCAGGGAUAUUCUGUGCUGGUGCUGACCUUAAGGAAAGAGCCAAAAUGAGUUCCAGUGAAGUUGGUCCUUUUGUCUCCAAAAUAAGAGCAGUGAUUAAUGAUAUUGCUAAUCUUCCAGUACCAACAAUUGCAGCAAUAGAUGGACUCGCUUUAGGUGGUGGUCUUGAACUGGCUUUAGCUUGUGAUAUACGAGUAGCAGCUUCCUCUGCAAAAAUGGGCCUGGUUGAAACAAAACUGGCAAUUAUUCCUGGUGGAGGGGGAACACAGCGAUUGCCACGCGCCAUUGGAAUGUCCCUGGCCAAGGAGCUCAUAUUCUCUGCGCGAGUCCUCGAUGGCCAAGAGGCCAAAGCAGUGGGCUUAAUCAGCCACGUUCUGGAACAGAACCAGGAGGGAGAUGCUGCCUACAGAAAGGCCCUGGACCUGGCCAGAGAGUUUUUACCUCAGGGACCUGUUGCAAUGAGAGUGGCAAAAUUAGCAAUUAAUCAAGGGAUGGAGGUCGAUUUAGUAACAGGGUUAGCCAUAGAAGAAGCUUGUUAUGCUCAGACCAUUCCAACGAAAGACAGACUUGAAGGUCUUCUUGCUUUUAAAGAGAAAAGGCCCCCUCGCUAUAAAGGAGAAUAAAAGGAAGAGAAAUUCUUAAGAUGCCAAUGUACUAAAUGUACUUCUGGAAGUAUCUUUCGGGUCCACUGUAUGCCUCAGCACAUGGAAUCUCAAUGACCAAAGUGAAGAGCAAAUUAUUCAUAUAGUGUAGUAAGCAUCCGGAAUGGACCCAUCCGUGUACUUCAUUCAAAUGUGUAAAUGUCAUAUUCAUUCAGAUUUGUAAAGCUAGUAGUGUAUAUUGUCAGAAACAAAAUCAAAGUUAGAUAUACAUUUUUAAAUAUUUACUGCAUAUGCGGCUUUCUGUUCUUAAUUUUUUAAUGUGAAUAAUUUAUAUAUUGCACAUUCUAGGGAAUAAUAUUGAUUGUAUGUCUACUGUGCUGCAUUAAGAAAAUAAAAUUUCUAUAUACCAAAAAUGUGAAGUUAUAC